GAUCCCAGGACUUUAAGUACUAGUAGUUUUUUUUUAGAGUUUACCAGGACUUUAGUAAUUAUUUUUUCAUUUAGUGGUGUUCAGUAGUAUCACUGUAGAAGAGAAUUUAUUUGUGUGUUUGUUUGUUUGUGUUGAUAGUUUGUAUAGAUCAGACUUACAAUAGUGAUAGAGACAGUUAGUAAUCAAUAAAUAGAAUCAUGUCUACCCCAGCUAAGAGAAGACUUAUGCGUGAUUUUAAGCGUAUACAGCAAGAUGCACCUAGUGGAGUGUCAGCAUCUCCAUUACCGGAUAAUGUCAUGACAUGGAAUGCCGUAAUAAUUGGUCCAUCCGAUACUCCAUUUGAAGAUGGUACUUUCCGAUUAGUAUUACAAUUUGAUGAACAAUAUCCUAAUAAACCUCCUACGGUUCGAUUCAUUAGUGAGAUGUUUCAUCCUAACGUUUAUGCAAGUGGUGAAUUAUGUUUAGAUAUCUUACAGAAUAGAUGGUCUCCAACCUAUGAUGUUUCAUCAAUUUUAACAUCUAUUCAAUCAUUAUUGAAUGAUCCAAAUAUCAGUUCACCUGCAAACGUUGAAGCCGCAAACUUGUAUAAAGACCAUAGAUCACAGUAUGUUAAACGAGUGAGAGAAACUGUUGAAAACAGUUGGAAAGAGGAUGAUUUUGAUGAUGAUGAUGAUGAUGAAGAUGACGACGAUGAUGAGGAUGAAGCUUAGGCCUCACUCCAUUUUGCAUACAUACCAGAACUCCAGCUCCUUCAUACCCAUGGCAUUAUUAGAGAUAUAGUAUUAUAACAAUUUCGGG